AUGCAGAAUUAUUUGCGGUGGACAGGAGACUCAGAAGGAGUCAUCCAGCAGAAUGGCGAAUACUUUGCAAAGUGUUCAAGUGAACUACCUGCUUUUUGGAUUGCGCCUUCAUGCCGGCAGAAUGUGUCACGAUGCAUCCCAGUGAUUUGCCAGGGGCAGGGCAAGGCAGAAGUCUUCAUGCACUGGGCGUCGGCCUACGGAAUUCCUUUGGCAAUUUCCCAUCGGACAACUGCAAGUGCCUUCACGAACCUUGUGGACCAGUUCCGGUUUCUUUUUCAGUGGUAUGAACCAGAUACAACUCUCAUCCACAAGGGGCCCACCCUGGUGAUCCUGCCCGAGUACAGCCCCAGUGCCUGGGCUGCCGGAGACUUCCGGACAAGUGCAACUUCUUCGCACAUCGCAAAGCUGGUUUCCCAAAGCCUGGAACUCUCUAGCCCAAGGGUGAGAAAGUUCAUUGAGAACAUGAAGAUCGAACUGUCACAAGUGGUUGAGCUGAUGGCACCCAAUGGCAUCUCGCAACACGAUCCGGUGACUUUGCUCACCCCCAGUGAUCUUCAAUGGAAUUCUGCCUGCAACUGGAUCAAAGCCAACGGUCACCUUUGGCAGCAGUGGAUUCCUGUAACGACAGACUGCGCCAGGGGUUUUGGCAUCGUGAAUGCCGAUGCAACUCAUGUUGCGCUUCGCAGCGAAGCUGUGGCCUGCGAGGUUUGUCCAGUCGGACGAUUUUCCACCGUCCUCUCUGACGAGAUCGGAACGACUUUCGUGUGUCGGGCGUGUGAAGCAGGUUGGCAUCAGAGUGUUGCGGGGCAAACAAGUUGCUUGCCAUGCAAUCCGGGCAGCUUCACCGCUUUGACUGGGGAGGCACUUUGCUCUCCUUGUGAGCGAGGUAGUUAUGGAAUCUCUAGCGCAGCCACCAGCUGCUUGCCCUGUUCUAGCGGAGGGAACGAGCAUUGGACAACAAGCAAGGAAGAUGAAAUGGACUUUAGAUGGAUAGAAGUGGAAGGAGCAACAUCUCAAGAUUUCUGUCACUGUCUUCCAGGAUGGCAUUUGUCCCCUGUCAGUGGAGAUUGUGAACCUUGCAUGGAUGGAUCUUCUUGUGUGGGCGGUGGAGUGUUGCAGCUGCUUCCAGGCUACUACUCUGCUAAGGGUUCACCAGGUUCGGUACUCCGUUGCUUCGGUGAUGCAGCUCGCUGCCCUGGCGGAGAUCCGGGGACCUGUGCGGCGGGGAGGGAUAGCUCCUCACCCAGUUGCAGCUUGUGCUUGCCAGGUUUGCAACCCAACGGUCCAGGCUGUGUCGAAUGCACUGGAGGAGACUAUGCUCAGCUAAUAUUCUUGGGGCUGCUGAUUUUGACUCUCACGGGGCUCUCGCACAUCGUGAUUGCAUUGCAGCAUCAGAGCAGUGGUGUGCUGCAUUUCCGACUCUUGGCCUUGGCCUUGUGCAUGAAUCAACUCAUCACUUGCUCUCAACUCUUCUCCGUGAUGGAGCAAGUGCAGGGGAUCGUCUUGGAAGAACCUUUCGUGAGUUUUCUCGAAUUCUUCUCAUUUCUAUCGUUGGAGGCAGUCCUUGGCUCGGUGCGAAGCAUCAGCUGUGUCACUCGUGUCAGUGCAGAAGUGAACUUGCUGAUCCGGACGUUGUUGAUACCAUGUUUCUUCGCUCUUGGGCCUUUGGUGGCGCAAGUGGUACUUCGAGCCAUUCUUGCCGUCCCCAAGAUCACUUUGCCAAAGACCUUUGGCUUUCUCUCCUUGCUCUUCUACAUCACCCUCUCCUCAACAUUUGUCGAGCCAUUUCGCUGCAAUUUGCAUCCCAACGGCUUGCGAACCCUACAGACGCGGCAUGAGGUCUUUUGCAACUUCUCAGGAACUCAUCUGAACAUGUGCGUGAUUAGCUUUGUGGUGUGUAUUCCACCAGUGGGUUUCCUCGCCUUGUGCUCCUAUGUCUUGUUGGUGAUGUUCCCACGUCGUGUCAAUGACGCGGAUGCUCACUUUGUGCGAACUUGCUCGUUCUUGAUCACACGCUUCAAGCCCGGCUGCGAGAACUUCACCAUCGUUUUCCUGUUCCGAAACCUGAUGUUCGUUCUUGCACCGAUGAUGCCUGCAUCAGGUUGCCUCUUUGUGAUGGGUAUCUUGUUGGUGACGAGCAUCAUAUUGGUCGCCUACUUUCAGCCUUGGCGUUCUUCGGUGGCUUCGCAGCUCGACAUAGUCGUCCAACUGAUGCUCUUGAUGAUCUUGUUGCUGAACUCCCUCACAGUGCAAGAUGUGAAUGUGCAGCUCAUCAUGAUCCUUUGCACACUUUGUGCCUCUUCACUGAUAUUUGGUAUUCUGGCGACCACGGUAUACUUCCUGGUGCAAUUUGUUGCGUCCAAGUUCCGCAAGAGGUUUGCCUUCUUCUUGUGUCAUCAAAGGGGGUCGAGCUCUGGCUUUGUGCGACUCCUCAAGAUGGAGCUGAAGAACAAAGGGUGUUCCUCUUUCGUGGAUGCUGACAACCUCACUGAUCUAUCGCAGCUCUUCCGCUUUGCGACUUGGAGGUUUGGAAAGGACGAGACAUGGUCACUGCUCAUCCCAAAUCAUCCAAAAUCGGAUAUCCUUUGA